AUGGCUACAGUUACACCAACAAAAAGAAAUUUUUAUGUUGUCAUCACCAGUCCUAUUUCACCUCCAGAAAAAACUUCUAAACGCACAAGUGAUGAACAUUAUGACACAUCUUCCAAAAGACAUUGCCUAGAGAAUUCAUAUGGUCACCUCCAUGCAGCUUGCAGUUCUAAUACUCCAAAGACAACCACAUAUCAACAGCCACAUUUCCAGAGAAAUCUUUGGCCAGGAUCCUCUGAUGUCCAUAACAACUUCAGCUCAAUGCUGGACACACAUGGAGUGCAAAGAAGUCAUAUGAUGUCAAUUCCUCCUAGACACUCAGAUUUCUCACAAGAGAUUUCAGUGCCCUUUACACAGGCACCUUUAACGCAAGAAAUGUCAGUGUCUCCUAGAAACAGACAAUUUUCACAACAAAUGUCAAUAGCUCCUGUAGAGUCAUCUAUUUUAAAAAAAGCAAUUGUUUCACAGCAAAUGUCUGUAUCUGUACAGGACAACUUUUCACCACCAAUGCCAGGUCCUCUUUUCAACAGGUCUUGGCCAUAUUUGCAAGAAAACGUUGCACAACAGAUAUCAAUGCAACCUGUAAAGACAAACGCUGGAAAUCAGCUGUCAGUACCCAGGGUACAGCCAAACUAUUCACAUCAAUCGAGUCUCAUUUCACAACAGAAAAAGAUUCUUUCUGCAAAGAGGACAAAAUCUUCAAAACAGAAAAGUGUUGAGUUAUCAAAACAUAAAGAUGUUUUUCCUCAAGAGAUUGUAAUUCCAACUGAAGUAGAACAUGACAAGGUCUCUAAGAAUAUUUCAUGCCUUGACAUGAUAUCGAAAAACAUUCCCCAAGCAUACUUUGACCAGAAUGAUGAGUCUUUAAAGGCUCAAGAAACUCAACAAAUACAACCUGACGCAAACAUUUCACAAAUGUUAUCAGAGCCUCUGAAACAUGGUAAUCUUCAUGAUGUGAUACACAUUGAGGAAAGUUCACUCAUAGACACCUCUCUUCUAGAAUGGGGAAUUGAAGAGUUUAAUAUAGACCUUGCUUCUGAACUUGAACAAUGGUGUCAAAACACCCGUCAUGGCAUAAUUAAUGAUCAGAAGGAAUCAUUCCAUCAACAGAAUAAAUGGGAUCAAACUAAAGACACUCAUAGUAGCUCAAGCAUUCCACAGACUGUAGAGUGCCAGUUGUUUAAAGGUUCAAUAAAUGAAGACUACACAGUGUCACGGCCUGACUCACAACAGAUUAAUGUUCUAGAGUUUGACCAAAUUUCUUCUCCUUUUGACCGCGAUAUGCCAAAAUCUAAUGCAUGUAAAAAUAACAAUGAUAGUGCCUACUGUAGCACUUCUCCAUCCAUCAAUUCCAAUGAAGACAUUGAUUGGGAGGAACUGUAUGAUACCAUUCUGUCUCUAAAUUGACAUAGUUCAAAUUAAAAUAGAUAAACAAAAUGAUCAAUAGUCCAAAUUGUGUAUGUGUAAAUAAUCCUUUAGGCCCAAUAGAAUUUAUAAAUUGUAUGAAGUCGUAUGCAUGCAAU